AUGUUGAAGAGGCAUGCGACGGAUGUUUUGGCGGUUUUUGAGACACAUGCAGGAGGGGAUCGAGCGAGUGAGAUCUGUCGAGGUUUGGGGUUUGAGAACUCGUUUAAGGUGGAUGCAGUGGGGCAGAGUGGUGGUUUGUGGCUACUGUGGAGAUCGGGAAUUGGAGAUGUGGUGAUUGUGGAGGAAUCGGAGCAGUUUAUCCAUGCUCGAAUCUCGAAUGGCAACGAGGUUCUUCAUGUGAUAGCCGUAUACGCAGCUCCCACAGUGAGCCGGAGGAGUGGGCUAUGGGACCAGUUGAGGGAUUUAGUUGGGCGCAUAUCUGAGCCAGUCUUGUUGGGUGGAGAUUUUAACACUAUUGUCAGAGUGGAUGAGCGCGCCGGCGGUAGUGGGCGCUUAUCGGAGGAUUCGAUAGCGUUUGGGGAGUGGAUUAACGACCUCUCUUUAAUCGAUAUGGGGUUUCGGGGAAGUGGUUUUACUUGGAAACGGGGGAGAUCAGUGAAUACGUUUGUGGCGAAGAGGCUGGAUCGGGUUCUAUGCUGUGCCCAGACGAGGCUUAAGUGGCAGGAGGCCACUGUGACGCACCUCCCCUUUUUAUCGUCUGAUCACGCGCCCUUAUACGUGCAGCUCACACCAGUUGUGUCUAGAGAUCCCAAGCGACGACCGUUUCGGUUCGAAGCAGCUUGGUUAAAACAUCCGGAGUUUCAGGAGCUCCUUAAGACUUCGUGGAGGAGAGACUUGAGCACGAAUGAGGCUCUACGUGUGUUACAGAGGACGUUGGUUCGCUGGAACAAGGAGGUGUUCGGCGACGUGACCAAGAGGAAAGAGGGGCUGUUGAAGGAGAUAGUAGAGGUGCAAGAGGCGCUAGAGACGGGGCUGACGGAUGCGAUUUUAGAAAGGGAGGAGUUCUUGAUGAAGGAACUGGACGUUGUUCUGGAACAGGAGGAAGUGCUUUGGUUCCAAAAAGCCCGUGAGAAGUGGAUCCCGUUGGGGGAUAGGAACACACGUUUCUUUCAUACUUCCACCAUCAUACGUCGAAGGAAGAAUCGCAUUGAUAUGUUGCGGAAUGAAGCAGGUGAAUGGACCACUGAUGAGAAGGAGAUGGAGUCCCUAGCCAUAGCCUACUUUAAGAGGCUUUACUCUAUGGAAGAUGUGGAGGAGGUGGUGGAUAAAUUACCAUCUGAUGGCUUCGAACAGCUGACUGCAGGAGAGAAGCAGCAUUUGGAGAAGGAUUUUGUGGCGUCAGAGGUGGAGUCGGCCAUUAGAGGGAUGGGCAAAUUCAAAGCACCGGGGCCGGAUGGAUACCAACCGGUGUUUUAUCAGAGUAGCUGGGAGAUGGUGGGAUCAUCAGUUACUAGGUUUGUCUUAGACUUUUUCCGUACAGGAGUGUUGCCGCCGAUGACGAAUGAUGUCUUACUCGUACUACUGGCUAAAGUAAGUACACCGGAAAGGAUCACAUAA